AUGAUACCAAGUUACAUCAUUCUGUUUUCGCAAGCCACGAUUUUCGUGCUCAAGACCGAAGUCCGGGCACAUUUUGAGCCCGACAUACCGUUAGGAGAAAGCGAAGACGACAAGAGGACCAUCGAAGCUAUUGACUAUGACACAGAGGUUGCAAAACAAAUGCCAAAAACCAUCGAAAAAGCGGACGAAGUUUGUUACCCGAGCGUGGGCUGCUUCUCGAGACAUCACAGCGACCGCAUGACACACCCCAAGGCACUGCCACAGGAUCCCCGAGACAUCGGGACCGACUUCCUGCUCUACACGCAGCACAACCCCGUGAACCCGCUGUCGCUGACGCGUCCCAACUUCGCAGGAAUCAGGGAAGGGCAACUCGAUUCGCCCAAGGACCUCACUGUCCUGGUACACGGGUUCACGCAGGACAGGUUCGCCAGCUGGGUCCAGGACGCCAAAGCAGCGCUACUGCAGCAGACGGACAGCAACGUGGUGGUGGUGGAUUGGCCAAGGGGCUGCCAGAUGCCCCGUUACCUUCAGGCGUGCGGCAACAGCGCCCUCGUGGGAAGGCAGAUUUCCAUUAUGCUGCAGAUGCUCAUUGACCAGUUCUCUGUCGCCGUACAUCCGGACAGGAUUCACGUGAUUGGCUUCAGCCUCGGGGCGCAGGUCACCGGUUUCUGCGGAAGACACUUCGAAAACAGCACCGGAACUCGUUUGAGUAGGAUCACAGCUUUGGACGCGGCUGGUCCAUUAUUUGAGGACACCGAUGUGCACGUGGCUCGAACCGACGCCCAUUUCGUGGACGUCAUCCAUACCAGUUACGGGUGGAACGUCCUGAACGGAGACCUGGGGAUGGAGAAGGCCGUCGGGCAUGUCGACUUCUACCCGAACCACGAGCACAGACAGCCUGGAUGCGAACUCUUCAGUCUCUCCUGCGCUCACGCCCGAGCCCCGGUGUACUUCCUAGAAUCCUUGAGGUUGCGAAGUCGAUGCAAGUUCGUCUCUAGACCGUGCGAAGAUGAACUGGAUCCAGAAUGCGACUUGGGCGCCGAAGGCGAGAUGGGAUACUGGAGUCCCCUCGCCCCCGGAAUUGGCCGGCAGUACCUCACCACCAACAGCCAAUACCCCUUCUGCGACAAUCCAGCAGUUGCAUAA